GAGCGAUGCUCCUGUGAGAGUGUCGAGGUUCAGCGUGCGGAAAGUGUGUUGACUGGUUACAGACCCAGAGAGAUCACAGCUUCCUGUUCUGCCCGUGGUUCUGGAUCCAACAGACUGUCCACCCUGGAGGAGAAGAGAGAAGCACGUGAAACCGAGAAACCUUGCAAGUGUGAGGACUGUGGGAAGGGAUUCAGUUACCCGUACCAACUGGAAACUCACCGGCGGACCCACACGGGGGAGAGGCCGUUCAUCUGCUCUGUGUGCGGGAAGGGAUUCACCCAAUCGUCCCACUUGUUAACGCACCGGCGGGUCCACACGGGGGAGAGGCCGUUCACCUGCUCCGUGUGCGGGAAGGGCUUCACUCACUCGUCCCCUCUCCGAACGCACCAGCUGAUUCACACCGGGGAGAAACCGUUCAAAUGCUCGGACUGUGCUGACAGCUUCAAGAGCUCAGCCGAGCUGGUGAGACACCAGCGGGUUCACACCGGGGAGAAGCCGUUCACCUGCUCGCUGUGCAGGAAGGGGUUCGCCCAGUCGUCAGACCUGCUGACGCAUCACCGAGUCCACACUGGGGAGAGGCCGUUCACCUGCUCCAUCUGCGAGAAAGGGUUUACCCUGGUUGGCAAUCUGCUGAGGCACCAGCGGGUUCACACCGGGGAGAGGCCGUACAUCUGUACCGUCUGUAGGAAGGGGUUCACCCAACACUCCAGCCUGCUGACCCACCAGCGGCUUCACACCGGGGAGAGGCCCUUCAUCUGUGCUGUGUGCGGGAAGAGAUUCACUCAGUCGUCCAACCUCCUGACGCACCAGAGAGUUCACAUGUGACUGCGGGAGUCGGCCGUUGUAUCUAGGACUGAACCACGUUCAUUCUGUUAGGUGGAGUUCACUUCCAAUGUUAAUUCUCCAACCUAAACUGGAAUAGGGUUUAAUACUGAAUGUACAGUCAAUAAAGGAGCAAGGUUUUAAACACAUUGUCAUUCUGUAUUACAUGAGUGUAAAGGAGAACAGUGAUUGUUCGUCCAGAUCCAAUGCAGCAGAAAGAAUGCCAGAAGCAUAAGGAACACAAUAAAAAAACACAAUAAAUAUAAAUACGAAAGCAA